GACUUCCCGGGAUUGAAGUCAGCUUCCUCUUGCUGUUACUUGGACCACUGAUCUGCAGACAUUUUCUUCUUCUUCUAACUUCCCCUCCUGUGACUGGGGACAUAAAUAUUAGAGAAACAAAAGCCCAGAAUGCUAAGGUUGCCUUUCUCACUUCCUCUUGCCUCGGAACGCAGCGUUGCUUUGAAUACAGUCAUUGUCCUAGGGCACUGAGCAGGGGAGAGAAAGCGGCAGUACCCCGGAGGCCACACCAGCAGGCAGAUACAGCGUGUCAUGUUUCACCGAGCCAUUUGUGGACACAGAAAAUGCCAGAAUGAUGCCUCCUACCCGCCUGGCUGGGACUCUGAUCCCAGCCAUGGCCUUCCUCUCCUGCCUGAGACCUGAGAGCUGGGACCCUUGUGUGGAGGUGGUUCCUAACAUUACUUACCAAUGCAUGGACCUGAAUCUUCACAAAAUCCCCGACAACAUCCCCUCAUCAACCAAGGACCUGGACAUGAGCUUUAACCCCCUGAGAAAUUUAGGCAGCCGUAGUUUCUCCAACUUCCCAGAACUGCAGGUGCUGGAUUUAUCCAGGUGUGAAAUUCAAAUAAUUGAAGAUGAUGCAUAUCAGGGCCUAAACCACCUCUCCAUCUUGAUAUUGACAGGAAAUCCUAUCCAGAGGUUAUUCCCAGGAGCUUUUUCUGGACUAUCAAGUUUACAGACGCUGGUGGUUGUGGAGACAAAUAUAGCAUCUCUAGAGGACUUCCCCAUUGGACAUCUCAAAACGUUGAAGGAGCUUAAUGUGGCUCACAAUCUUAUCCACUCCUUCAAAUUACCUGAAUAUUUUUCUAACAUGCCCAACCUUGAGUAUUUGGAUCUUUCCAAUAACAAGAUCCAAAAUAUUUAUCAUAAAGACUUACAGGUUCUACAUCAAAAGCCUCUACUCAACCUUUCUUUAGACUUGUCCCUAAACCCUUUAGACUUUAUCCAACCAGGUGCCUUUCAAGAAAUUAAGCUCCAUGAACUGACUUUGAGAAGUAAUUUUAAUAGUACAGAUGUAAUGAAAGCUUCUAUUCAAGGUCUGGCAGGUUUACAGAUCCAUCAGUUGGUUCUGGGAGAAUUUAAAAAUGAAAGGAACUUGGAAAGAUUUGACAAAUCUAUCCUGGAGGGACUGUGCAAUUUGAUCAUAGAAAAAUUCCGGAUAGCAUACUUUGACACGUUCUCAGAGGAUGCUAUUGACUCAUUUAAUUGUUUGGCAAACGUUUCUACCAUUUCUCUGGUGCAUCUGUAUUUCAACGGGCUAAAACAGCUCCCUAAAAAUCUCGGAUGGCAACGGUUAGAAUUGGUUAACUGUGAAUUUGAACAAUUUCCCACAUGGAAGCUGGACUCUCUCAAGGAGCUUGUUUUCUCUGCCAACGAAGUUGGGAACACUUUUACUCAGGUUAAGUUGGAAAGCCUUGAGUUUCUAGAUCUCAGUAGAAAUGACUUUAGUUUCAAGAGUUGCUGUUCUGAGAGAGAUUUGGGGACAACCAGACUGAAGCAUUUAGAUCUAAGCUUCAACAAUAUUAUUACCAUAAGUUCAAACUUCUUGGGCUUAGAACAGUUAGAAUAUCUAGACUUCCAGCAUUCCAGUUUGAAACAGGUCAGUGAUUUUUCAGUAUUCCUACCCCUCAAAAACCUCCGUUACCUUGAUAUUUCUUACACUCACACCCAAGUUGCCUUCCAUGGCAUCUUCAAUGGCUUGAUCAGCCUCCAAAUCUUAAAAAUGGCUGGCAAUUCUUUCCAGGACAACUUCCUUCCAAAUAUUUUCAUGGAGCUGACUAACUUGACCAUUCUAGACCUCUCUGAUUGUCAGCUGGAACAGGUGUCCCAAGUGGCAUUUAACUCACUCCCUAAACUUCAGUUGCUAAAUAUGAGUCACAACCACCUCUUAUCAUUUGAUACACUUCCUUAUGAACCUCUUCACUCCCUCCAGACUCUGGACUGCAGUUUUAAUCGUAUAGUGGCCUCUAAGGAGCAAGAACUACGGCAUUUUCCAAGUAAUCUAUCUUCCUUAAAUCUUACUCGGAAUGAUUUUGCUUGUGUUUGUGAACACCAGAGUUUCCUGCAGUGGGUCAAGGACCAGAGGCAGCUCUUGGUGGAAGUUGAACAGAUGGUGUGUGCAAAACCUUUGGACAUGCAGGGCAUGCCCAUGCUGAAUUUUAGGAAUGCUACCUGUCAGGUGAGAAAGACCAUCAUUACUGUGUCGGUUUUCACUGUACUCUUGGUUUCUCUGGUGGUGGUUCUGGUGUAUAAGUUCUAUUUCCACCUGAUGCUUCUUGCUGGCUGUAAAAAGUAUAGCAGAGGUGAAAGCACCUAUGAUGCCUUCGUUAUCUACUCAAGCCAGGACGAAGAUUGGGUGAGGAAUGAAUUGGUAAAGAACUUGGAGGAGGGGGUGCCCCCUUUUCAGCUCUGCCUUCACUACAGAGACUUUAUUCCUGGUGUGGCCAUCGCCGCCAACAUCAUCCAGGAAGGUUUCCAUAAAAGCCGGAAGGUUAUCGUCGUGGUGUCCCAGCACUUUAUCCAGAGUCGAUGGUGCAUCUUUGAGUAUGAGAUUGCCCAGACUUGGCAGUUUCUGAGCAGCCGUGCCGGCAUCAUCUUCAUCGUCCUGCAGAAGUUGGAGAAGUCCCUGCUGCGGCAGCAGGUGGAGCUGUAUCGCCUUCUCAACAGGAACACCUACCUGGAGUGGGAGGACAGUGUCCUGGGGAGGCACAUCUUCUGGAGACGACUCAGAAAAGCCUUGCUGGAUGGUAAACCACGCAGUCCAGAAGGAAUGGCAGAUGCAGAAGGCAGCUAGCGUGGAAGAGUAACCUCUGCCUGAGAAGGAAACACUUCGUUCACUAAAUGAGAAUUAAAUGCUGUGACAUACCUGGCGCUGUGCCAAGGGCAGAUGAUUCAGUGGUGCCGAGGAACCCAGGACUGCUGACCUCAUGGGGUUUACAGUGCAGGGGGAAUAAGUACUGUGCUAAAUUACAGAAUCUCCAGGUGGAUGUUUCAACCAAAUCAGCUAAGGAGUCCAUGGCAGGGAAAGUCAACUCAACACUUACCCCAUCAAACUGAAUUAGACCUAAGACCCUGGCCCUAGUGAAAUCAGAAGAAGGUAUAGUUCUUCACCUGAGUCUUCUGAAUGGAAACUACCUCAUGUUUUACAUUUUAGCCAGCUUAAAUUUAACUGAAUGAGGUCUUUACUCACUUUUCCCUUUUCUGUUGAAUGCAAUUUAAAUUCCACUUGAUAACUCAGAAGGCUCCUGAUUGAGACCACCUCCCCUCCAAUUUCAACCUGUUUCCUUACAUAGGCUAAAGUCUGUAACUAAUUCCAAAGGAAAUCUGAGUAAUACAUAUCCACAAACAUCCUGGUCUUUCUUUUGUAUGUUCUAAAUAUUAACUGUGCCUGAUAUAUUUUUGUUUUUAUAAAUCUAGUUCUCAUUUUUCAUGUCUUCUCUAUAAACUCUUACCAUAAAUAAGGCUUUUAGAGACAUGCUAGAAAUUUCCAUAUUUAAGCACUAUCAUUCAAGAAAAUAUGUGAAAUUCACUCCA